GUGUCCAUGUACAGUACUGAUGUGAGGAUUGCAGAACUGCCUGAAGAUGACCCCAAAGGAAAACCCUGGGAUUUGAUCUCUGGCCAAGUACUCGUCACUAGACUACGAUCUCACUAGUAGUGCCUCGGAAGGUUAAAAAGCCAUAGGACUCGAUUUUAAGGGUUAACAGGGCUCCUUUAGCGGUGGUAAGCAUGUCUGACCCAGCCCCUCCAGCCGAGGCUCCUCCGGCCCCUGAACCCGAGGUAGCUGCACCUGCGGCUCCCCCGGCUGCCGAGCCCGCUACAGCCGAGCAUUCUGCAGCUACACCUGGUGCCAAAGCGGCUCCAAAAGAGACUAAAAAGGGCAAGGGCAAGAAGGGUCAAAAGGCCGAGGAACAAACAGAGGCCGAACCGCCAAAGAAGGAGGAAGAGGUCGAAAUGGUGUUAAGUCAUAAGUUAGACACGGACGAAUGGGAUCUCACCCUGGGCAAAAUGCUUCGAUAUCACUUCAAUAUUGGAGAAGAGCUCCGGAUUCUCAUCCAACAAAUCCGAAAGGAAAUGAAGGAGGAGCUGGUCCCACUGGCAGAAGACCGCGCCACCUAUGGAAAAAUUGUCAAGCAAAGAAUUCGCGAGAUGUGGGGUCUUGAAUACGAGAUCCUGGAGAUCCAAGAAAAAUUCUUGGACAGCAUGGGCAGCAUUGACUUGAACAACCUGACCGAUGACUUCGUGGAGGAAGUCAUGUUGCAGUCCAAACCCCUCCAAGGAACGCUCAUGGCCAUCCGAAAACGACAAGUGGCUCUGAUGACUGACAUCCAAAAGGAAUACAACGAUCACAUCAAAGACCUCGAGCCCAUGAAAUUGGAACGCCCUCCCAAACCUGAGCCCAAGCCAGAACCACCCAAAGAAGAGGCACCAAAAGAGGCCAGCGAAACCGCUUCCACCGAGGCCAAGCCACAAACCGAAGGUGCCCCUGAGACUCCGAAUCCUCCUCCCGAGGCCACUACUCCUUCCUCUGAUUCCCCGAACGAACCCUCUCCGGCCAUUGACGCUUCUGCUGCCCCAGCGGCAGUGGAAGCCUCGGCUUAAAUCCCAACAAACUAGAUCAGAGGAAGUCCCAAUUCCAUGUAAAUAACUCAUGUUGUAACGUAUAGUGAAUGACCAUUUGAAGAGCACUGAAACGAUUUACUUCUCGAAGCCCCAACCCCCGCGCAAUGUCCCCAAUUUUAGAAUCUAAGAGGCUAUUAAGUUCAUGACUUCACAAUCCCGUUGUAAAUACUCACGUGUGAAGUCACUGUUCCUUGCGAGUCCGGAAAUCUAUUACUUUUUUCGACAACAACAAAUAUGUACGCUUUUGUACAGAUUUUGUUCUUUUUGAAUAAAUCUUUAAAACAAUCCAGAGAGAACUUUUCAACAUACAACGAACUAUCUUCAAUUGGAGCAAUUUUGUUGAGAACUCUGAUAUCAAUAUGUAUGCAGCUAUCCAAGAAACAUAAAUUUUACGUCUUUCCAGCCAAUGCAGCAGCUCAAAGCCCGAGAACCCUUUUGUUGUAGGGGGGAAAUAAUAGAAGAUCGACCGAUCGUAAGACAGAUUUCCCAACAAAUCGAUGUUGUGAUGAUAAAUGACAUGCUUUCUAAAUAAAAAUUAAAUUAUUUUA